AUGACGGAGCUGAAAGCGGAAACGGCUGUGCCGGCAGCCAAAGCACCUACACCAGUAUCUACACCUCCGCCGUCAGCAACACCCCCGGCAGCUCCACCGCCCACAACUGCACCAAUCCCUCCCGCUGCGCCCCCACCAGCUGCCAAAACACCACCGACAGCAACCAAAACUCCACCGCCAGCAGCACCGCCACCGCCAGCAGCCGAAGCCGAGUCCGCACCUGCUGAGUCUCAAACCGGGACAUCUUCGGAGGAUCCUGCAUCUACAUCAUCCUCUGACGCAAAGAAAACCGAGGCGAAAGAGAAGAAAGGCUUCGGCUGGCUGCUGAACAGGAGCAAGUCGGCGCAGGCACCACUCUUGGCAGAGCUUCUGCAGGAGAAGGACUCCAGUGAUGGUGAGGUGCCUGCUGUUUAUCUUCGUGCGGUCGCCAGCGAGCUAUGCGUCGAUGCACCAAGCGGCGUGUUCGAUGGCACCGAGGGCCUGAAGGUGGUUCCUGCGUCUGUGCCUGUUGCCACGCGAUCGCUUCUGCUACAUGCCGCUGUGAAGUCUGAGGCUGAGAAGCUCAAGCCGAAGCUUGCGGCAGAGGGCGUGGUCAGCGUGGCAAAGUCCAUGAUGCGAGAGCUGGUCGAGAGGGCUGCAGAUAUCAAGGAUCCCAAAGAGAAGCGGGAAGCAUUGGAUCAAAUUGUGGUACUUAGCGAAAGCUCCCAAAGCCUCGCCAGCAGCGUCGCGGCGGAUGUGGAAGUAGGUGCUCCUGUCUACGAUGGCCCGCUGAGAUACAAGACGCUCGAGCAGAUGUUCGAUGUGUACUUGGAUGGUGUCAUGGAGAAUGUGCAGCAGCAGACGAAAGCAAUGAUGCAAGCCUUUUCGGGCGGAGAGGAUGCAUCUGGCGCGCAGCCGUCCGUUGCGGAGAUGACGGCCAGAGCUGAGCAAGCUGACAAGGCUCAAACCACCCUGGCUGCCAUCUUCAAGAUCUCCGAGGGCAAGGUUCAGAAGUUGUUGGACAAGAAAGGUGAGAAGAUGCAGAAGGAUCUGUUGGGUGGUCUUCUGAGCGGCGAAGCCUGA